AUGAUUUUUCCUGUCUAUCCACAUAAAUUAAUUAAAAUUUCACCACAAACACGCAUAAAAUUAAUCAAAUGUUCUUUAUUUUUUUCAUUACUAGCUAGUGCAUUAAAUUGUUAUGGUGUUUCAACAAAUAAUUGGUUAUACACAUCAGAAGUAUUAAAAUAUUAUGUAUAUCCAAAUAAGACUGAUUUAAUGGAUGAUCUACAUAAUAAAAUUGUAUAUUAUAAAAAUGCUACAUUUGGUCCUUGGAAAUUUUGUUGGUUAGAUCCUGUAGUUGAAUUUAAAUGUAAUCCAAUUGAUUUUUUUUCAAUAGAUGAUCCAGCAGAUGUUACAACUUCUAUUGAAGUUUCUAUUAGAAAAGCAAUAAUUCCAUUACUUUUAAGUUUAUUUUUUGAUAUUAAUGGUUUUAUAGCUAUUAUUAUAUGUUGUAUACGAUCUAGUCCAUAUAAAAGUUUAUUCUUCUCUACAAUACUUCAUAUCUUUGCAGGAAUUGCAAAAUUUGUUUUUUUAAUAAUUUAUAUGUCAGCAGUCACAAAAGAAGCUGGUUAUAAAAUAUAUAAAGCUUCAGAAAUGGAUGAUCCAUUAUUUUAUUAUACAUAUGGAUAUAGUUUUAUAUGUGUUAAGGUUGGAUUUUUAUGUACAGAAAUUACGGCACUUUUAUCAACUGUUGUAUAUAUGUCUAGAAGAGAUGCUAAAACAUAUGAAAGAUAUAAAAUGAGAUCAAUAAUGAAAUCUCUUAGAAGAACAUCAGAAAAUAAAGAUCCUUUUAUAGUUCAAGAUAAUUAUGUUAAACAUUCAAGAGCUUAUCAAAUGUAUAAACCACGAAAAUUAACAUUUCAAGAUCUUUCUUUAGUAUAA